GCAACUAAAUGGCGUACAUCGCGUUUCCGUCCGCGACCGGCGGGAAACCCUCGCCGCCGGGCAACAGCAGCGGUGCUCAGGGUGACGCCUUCGGGGAGUACUCGGCGUACCGCCGCGUGAUUCGCACCAUCGUGUGCGGCCUUUUCUUCGCGGUGCCGCUGUGCGUGUCCAUUCCCCUGUCUCCGCUGCUCAAGCUGUCCCUGACGCAGGAGAACAAGAAGUCCAUUGUGCCGCGCAUGAUAAGCGACUUCUUUUAUGUGAACUUCGCAGCGAGUGCGGCAGCGUACUGGCUUCUCGUGGAACCCUUCAUCCCCAACCCGAAGGCGAGGGAAGGCUUCCUGCCGUACCUCGGACCACUCACGGCCCAGGUCCCUGCCAUGAGCUGCCUCUUCACGUCGCAUUUGUUUUACCCUGGACUAUGGGCGAUCUAUAACGAGCCGACGUGGGCGCUGCGAAGACGCGAGUUCGUGCGACUCAACGUCAAGUGCUUCUUUGCGUUUGGUCCCAUUCACAUUCCUUCCGCGGUGGGGCUGGGUGUGUCUAUUGGCCUAUUACUGUACCCCUUCAAAUUCAUGAAGCUGCGCUGCCAGCGUAGCGCAGAGAAGGAGCAGCUGAAGAGGUAG